UAGAUAGUAGCAGCCCAACCAUAGACUGAAUUCUGCAGCCUACAAGUCGUCAUUCUGACAACCCCUGAAACCGCACCAGUUCACCCCGGCGAGGUUACUACACGCAGCCCCUAAACGUUGGACUUCUGUGCGAGCGGGACUCUAAGUACCUAGGAGACUCCAAGCACGAGAAUACGCAUCUAUCCUCUCGGCAUGCUUAAUGCGGUUACCGAGUGUUCCGUAGCAGUAAGGUUACAAUAGUGUACAACGUCGCCACAGUUAACUAUAGUCAGGUUUCCAUUCUGUCCGUAUUAAGCACAUUCGUAACCUCGGGAAACCUGGUGCAGGAUCUUCCGCCUGCUUUCCCGUUAAAGCCCGGUCUCACAUAAACAAAGCCCGGAUACGAGACCCGGGCUUUAACCUAUUCCCCACGCGAUGAACUUCUUUCGGCGGAAGGCGCAGGUUCAGCCGGCGCCGGACCGCGAGCCUCAGGACCCGUCGCAUGCCGGGAAAUCCGGCGCAAGUGACGGCGCUGCGCGGCCCGAUGGCGGCGCGAGCGGCGGCGCGACGGACGCCCCGACUGGCGGCGCGAAGGACGGCGUGGUUCGCGCUGUGUCGGGCGAUUGGAUGGGCCGGCCAGAUCUUAGGGGCGAAGAGCUCGUGCACAUCCACGUGCCUGGGACGCUCGGGCUCUUGGCCCGGCCCAACGCCAGCCUGGCAGAGAUCUGGGAGGCUCGGCCGGACCUGCUAGGCUCGGGCCGGCGCUACUUCCUGACGACCCGGCUGCGGGGGGAGACGGGGGGGAGGGGGGAGAGCUUGGCGCGCGCGAGUGCCAAAGUGGAGGUGCUGUUUCACGGAGGGGACAGGCUGCGAGCAGGACUGCGAUACCGUGCGCACUGCUGGCUGGGGCCAGAGGCUUCAGGAGCGGGCAAGGGGCCGGUAGGCCGGGGUGGUGAGAGGGAGGGCGGGGAGCAGCAAUCCAUGUCCUCGCACCUCGCAUUCGCAUCGCUCUCCUUUGCGCGCGUCACAGCAGGCCAGCAGGCCAAGGAGGUCCCAGGGGGCACGACUCUUCAGCAGCUAUGGCGGAGACACCCCACUCUGUGCGACGGCCACCGCUAUUUCCUCGUCACUCACACGCACACCGCUGCUGCUGCUGCUGCUGCUGCUGCUGCUGGCAGUGCUGCCACUGGGGCUGCUGCUGUUGCUGCAGCUGCUGCGGAUGAUGCCGAUGUGUUAUUUCGCCCACAGGACGUGUUACAAGCGGGCGCUUGUUACCGUGCCGAGCCCGUGAGGGGCCCCCUUGCCUCUAUGCUUGCCCCUCCUCUACAAUCAGACCCGUUACAAGCCACAGCUGCACCCACCACCUCUGCAACAUUCCCACCCACAGCCCCGCCCACAGCCCCGCCCACAAGGGCUACUAUAGAGCUGCCAGAUGGGACUGUGCGGGAGAUAGAGGCAGGGUUGACUCUGAGGGAGGUGCACCGAAAGUUGUCGGACUACUGCGGCCGGCUGGCGAAGCUCGUCCUACUCCCUGGCUCGGACGGUGGUUGGAGUGAGGGUGCUGCUGCUGCUGCUGGUGCCGGCGCUGCUGUUGCUGGUGAUGGUGAUGGUGCUGCUGCUGGGGGAUCCACCCCUGCAUCGUCUUAUGACAACAGUACAUCUAAGUGCACCAGCAGCUCCACCGGCACAAGCACCAGCACCAGCAGCAGUGCGCUGCUGUUUGGCAAUGACCCCCAAGUGCUUCUGCUGCCUAACGAUACUGUCAAGGCUGGCCGGCACUACAAGGCCCAAAUAUUUUACCCCCAGCGCACGCCUGACAGUUCCCCGCUGCAGCACCUGCCCUCCUUUGCCAGCCCCUCCUUCAACGCCCUCUCCCCCCACGGCUCCUCCCCUCCCCCCUCCAUGAAACUAGACCCCCUCUUUGCUGCUGCUGCUGCUGCAGGUAGGGUUACCGCAGUUGGCCACUCCCUCUCCCCUCUCCGCACCUCAGUCGCUCGCUCGCACUCGGCUGACAACCCAUCCCCACUGCUCAAACCUGCUGCCGCUCCUGUUAUCAGAGCUGCUCCUAUCGAGUACAGGGUUGCUGGUUACACAGUCUCUGGUAACACUGUAAUGGCUCCCUUCGCUGAGACAGGUCCUGCUGUUCCUGCUGCUCCUGGUAACUCCUCUUCUGCCUCUGCGUCUGCUGCUGCUGCUGCGGCUUUCUGGGGCAUGAGCAGGGAAGCAAUGGCAAGCAGAGCUGCCGGUGCUGACACUGCAGGCACCAAGCUUCCCUCCUCGUUCUCUGCAUCAUCUGCGGGGCAAAGGGCCACCUCGUUCCCUGUGCCUGCCCGUGACCUGGGGGGGGCUGGGGUGAGUGGGAGCAGCAGGAGCAGUGGCGCAGUUGCUAUGGGUAAAUCUGAUGCUGCUGGUGUCAAUGUGACGGGGAAGGCUGAGGGGCAGGGAAGGAGUGAUUCUGGUGCGCUGAGUGCAGCAAACAGAGGGAUUGGUGGUACGGGGAAUGGAAUCGUUGGGGGGCAGAGGGGAGAGGGUGGGGUAACGGUAAGUGAGAAGCCUGGUGCUGGGGAGAGUGGAGGGGCGCAGGUGGAGAGCCAGAGUGGGAUCUUCCAAGGGGCGCUGGGGAAGUUCUCGCAGUUUUUCAAGUGAUCUAGAGUUGCUCGCUUCAACCGUAGGGGAGAGAGAGGGCGAGUGUGGAGAGUGGGAUCUUCCAAGGGGCGCUGGGAAAGUUCUUGCAGUUCUUCAAAUGAGUGGUUACCUGCGUUGUUCUGUUCACCAUUAGGGGAGAGGCCGGGUGGAGAGGAGAGUACAUGGGCACAGGUCGGGUUGGAAAGACACAGUCUGAUCUUGCAAGGGGCGCUGGGGAAGUUCUCGCAGUUCUUCAACUUACGUGUUGCUCACUCUACUGGUAGCGUGUAACCUUAUGGAAUGGAUUUCUUGGUGCAAUGAGUGAGGCACUGGUAGGGGAGACGGCUGGCGGGGAGUGGGGGAUGGGGGCACAAGUGGAAAGCCAGAGUGGAAUCUUCUUCGGGGUGUUCUUGUCAACAUGGUAUUUGCAUAUGUUUAUAGAGUAGAUAGGUGCAUGCUUAUAGAGGUUACAACCCCUCAGAACAAAAGCACCCUAUAUCUCGCAUUCUAG